AUGGCAGUCUACCACAUCGUGCUCUUCAAAUUAAAGCCAAAUGUCAGCUCCAGCGAUAUCGACCAACUACGACACGCAGUUGUAGGAAUGGUUGGCAAAGUCCCUGGUUUGAUUAGAGCCGACAUUGAUCCACCACACUCCAGCACGGCACACCGUUCACAAGGAUAUAAUAUGGGCUUAGUUGCGGUUUUAGAUGGCCCGGAGACGAUAAAGUGCUAUUGCGAGCAUCCAGAGCAUCAGAGGUAA